CGGUGAGAGUCCUUACUGGGUGCCUGCUUUGGGGCGCGUGGUCACAGGGUGCGCAACCAUGCGGAAAGUGGUUUUGAUCACCGGGGCAAGCAGUGGCGUAGGCCUAGCCCUCUGCAGGCGGUUGCUGGAAGAAGAUGAUGCGCUUCACCUGUGCUUGGCGUGCAGGAACGUGAGCAAAACAGAAGCUGUCCGCACCUCUCUGCUGGCCUCCCACCCCGCUGCUGAGGUCUCCAUCGUGCAGGUGGAUGUCAGCAGCCUGCCGUCGGUGUUCCAGGCCACCAAGGAGCUCAAGCAAAGGUUUCAGAGAUUAGACUAUGUAUAUCUAAAUGCUGGGAUCAUGCCUAAUCCACAGCUAAAUAUCAAAGCACUUUUUCGUGGUCUCUUUUCAAGAAACGUGAUUCAUAUGUUCUCCACAGCUGAAGGACUGCUGACACAGAAUGACAAGCUUACUCCUGAUGGGCUCCAGGAGGUGUUUGAAACCAAUGUCUUUGGCCACUUUAUCCUGAUUCAGGAACUAGAAUCUCUCCUAUGUCACAGUGAGAGUCCAUCUCAGCUCAUCUGGACAUCAUCUCGCAAUGCAAAGAAAUCUAAUUUCAGCCUUGAGGAUGUCCAGCACAGCAAAGGCCAGGAGCCCUACAGCUCUUCCAAAUAUGCCAUUGACCUUCUGAGUGUGGCUUUGAACAGGAACUUCAACCAGCAGGGUCUGUAUUCCAGUGUCGUGUGCCCAGGGACGAUGCUGACCAGUCUGACGUAUGGAAUCCUUCCUCCCUUUGUGUGGAUGUUAAUCAUGCCAAUCAUAUGGCUGUUACGCUUUUUUGCAAAUGCUUUCACGCUGACACCUCAGAAUGGAACAGAAGCACUGGUCUGGCUUUUCCACCAAAAGCCUGAGUCUCUCAAUCCUCUGGUGAAAUAUCUGAGUGCCACCACUGGCUUUGGAAGCAAUUAUGUGACGUCCAAAAAGAUGGACCUAGAUGAAGACACUGCUGAAAAAUUUUACCAAAAGUUACUGAAACUUGAAAAGCAGAUUAGGGUCACCAUUCAGGAAACCAAUAACCAGAACUGAAAAUGAUGCUCUCUGAAACAUUCUGUGCCUUUUGGGGAUUCUGGAGUGCGUGAGUUUCUCCUGAGCUGGAUCAUGUGCAUUUGUGGUAAACACUGAUUUCUGAUGGUCUCUUCAUCACAGAAUCACCUCUGUGAUUAUGUGUGUGUGUGCAUGUGAGAAAAGAAUAUCUGAUAUUUUAUCAGUCUCUAUGAAUGAUGUCACAUCAAAGUCGUGCUAGAGGCACCCAACUGAGUAUCCGUUUGUUCAGCCAGCAAGAGCACAAGCUCUGCUUCAUGGGACGAGGUGUUGACUUGAGUAAUUAUGACACAGACACAUACUGAUUCUCCUUUCACCUGCCCCAGAAGGAGGACCUACUACUCAUUCUCUGAGUAGCAAUCUUAGCCUUGUUCUUCACAAGUAGUUUUCCCUGGUUUUGUACCUUAUUUCUUCCUCCACAUGCCACAUUUAAAAAUCCUGAUACA